ACAUAGCAAGGAGAUGUUGAGAGCAGAAAUGGAGAAUGGAGUGAAGAUGGAAGAACAGGACCUGGCUGGUUCUGAGGCAAGCAAUGGCUCCCACGAAAUUCUGCAGGGGAGCAGCAUGGAGCUUUGGGGAAGAGGCUUGGAGGAGGACGUGGGAGGGAGCAGACCCAGCUCAGACACAACAUGCCAGCGCUUCAGGCUGUUGGGCCUCUACCUGGAGGCCGAGGGGCCCCGAGUACUUUGCAGCCGCCUGCACCAUCUCUGCCAUCAGUGGCUGCGGCCAGAAAGCCACACGAAGGCUCAGCUGCUGGACCAGGUGAUCCUGGAGCGGUUCCUGGCCAUCCUUCCCCCACGGCUGGAGAACUGGGUGAGGGAGUGCGGAGCGGAGACCAGUGCCCAGGCGGUGGCCCUGGCCGAAGGCGCCCUGCUGAGCCAGGCAGAGGAGGGGAAGCAGGAAGAACAGCAGGUUCAGCGAAUGAGGGAAGAAGCAACCACUGAGUUCCUCGCAGCAGGGAAGGCUCCAUCGAAUCCCACACUGGGGUGCCUGUCAAGGGGGAUCGAGCAGGAGGUGGACAGGGCACGCCUGUCACCAGGAAAGGGAAUGGCCUGCAGGGAGGAUGGAAUGACACUCAGCAUUCCCUUGAGGCCUCCUUCGAUUUUUGGUGGAAUGGAGACACCAUCCCUGCAUGCAGAAAAGGGUGUGACGAGCCUCGAGGAGGUGGCCGUGCAUUUCUCGGAGGACGAGUGGGCCCUGCUGGACGCUGGCCAGAGGGCUCUGCACCGGGAGGUCACAGAGGAGAUCCUGGCUUCUCUGGCGGAUUGCAGGGGGAGCAAUAGAAACGGUGUGCACCAAAGACAGGAAACAACACAGAAAGAAAACUGGAAAGAUGAGUCCAUUUCUUUUGAAUGGUCAGGAGGCUGUGAUGUUCCAAUGGCACAAGCAGCUUCUGAAGGAGGCAGAAGCAGUAUUUGCAAUGGGGAGAGACAGUGGGAAUGCUCCAAGGACAUGAGGAGGCAUCCGAUCCCCGUUUCCAAACAAGAGAUAAACGAGGAGAAGAGUUUCAUGGGCAUGAAAUCUGCAAAGGAAUUCACUUGCAGGUCAGAGUUUAACACAGAAAAAAGAAGUCAGAAGGAGGAGAAGUGUUACGAAUGCUUAGAGUGUGGAAAGUGCUUCACUUGGCCCUGUUAUCUUAAGUUGCAUCAAAGGACUCACACGGGGGAGAAGCCGCAUACAUGCUCAGAAUGUGGCAAGUGCUUUGCUCGGGUCUCAGUGCUUAACAAACAUCGGAUAAUCCACAGAGAAGAGAAGCCCUUCCAGUGCUCAGUGUGUGGAAAGGGCUUCAGUCAAAAGGCACACUGUAAGGCCCAUCAGAACACCCACGCUGGGGAGAAGCCCUACAUUUGUUCUGAGUGUGGGAGGAACUUCUUUGAUUUCGAAAUGCUUAAACAGCAUCAAAGAAUUCACACCAGGGAGUAUCGGCAUAAAUGUUCAGAGUGUGGAAAGCGCUUCACUCGGCCCUCUCACCUGAAGGUGCAUCGAAGGAGUCACACAGGGGAGAAGCCGCAUAGAUGCUCAGAAUGUGGCAAGGGCUUUGCUCGGGUCUCGGGGCUUAGCAAACAUGAGAUAAUUCACAGAGAAGAGAAGCCCUUCCAGUGCCCAGUGUGUGGAAAGGGCUUCAGUCAAAAGGCACACCUUAAGUUCCAUCAGAAGACCCACCAUGCGGAGAACCCGUACAUUUGCUGUGAGUGUGGGAAGAGCUUCCGUGAUUUUAAAAAGCUUAAACAACAUCAAAGACUUCACACUGGGGAGAAUCCGCAUAAAUGCUUUGAGUGUGGGAAGAGCUUCAGUCGGCCUUUUCACCUUACGGUGCAUCAAAGAACUCACACUGGGGAGAAGCCAUUUAUAUGCUCAGAAUGUGGAAAGAGCUUCACUCGGAAAUCUAGCCUUAAUUCACAUGUAGUAAUUCACACAGGAGAGAAGCCCUUUCAGUGCUCAGUGUGUGGAAAGCGCUUUGCUGGGAAAGCAUGUCUUAACAAGCAUAAGGUUAUUCACACAGGAGAGAAACCUUACAAGUGUUUAGAGUGCGGAAAGAGUUUUGGUGAGGGCAGCCAGCUUCAAGCACAUCAAAAAAUCCAUGAAGCCAAAAAAUCUCAUAAAUGCUCCCAGUGUGGAAAGAGCUUCAAUGAAAGCAUGGGGCUGAAAAGACAUCUUAGAAUCCACACAGGAGAGAAGCCCUUUCAGUGCUCAGUGUGUGGAAAGAGUUUCAGUCAAAAGACACACCUUAAGGUACAUCAGAGAAUCCACAAAGGGGAGAAGCCCUUUUUGUGCUCAUUCUGUGGAAAGGGUUUCAGUCAAAACAUAAACCUUAAGGUACAUCAGAGAAUUCACAAAGGGGAAAAGCCUUACAAUUGCUCUGAAUGUGGGAAGAGCUUCAUUGAUUGCAGAAGGCUUAAACUGCAUCAAAGAAUUCACACCGGGGAGAAGCCCUAUAAAUGUUCGGAAUGUGGAAGGAACUUUGCUCAAAAAUCAUACCUUAACUCACAUAAAGUAAUUCACACAGGAGAGAAGCCCUUUCAGUGCUCAGUGUGUGGAAAAGGUUUCAGUCAAAAUGGAAGCCUUAAGGUACAUCAGAGAAUCCACAAAGGGGAGAAGCCCUACACUUGCUCUGAAUGUGGGAAGAGCUUCAUUGAUGGCAGAAGGCUUAAACAUCAUCAAAUAAUUCACACAGGGGAGAAGCCGUUUAAAUGCUUUGAGUGUGGAAAGGCUUUUGCUCGAAGUGCAGACGUUAAAAUUCAUUACAGAAUCCACACAGGGCAGAUGCCAUAUAAAUGCUCAGAGUGUGGGAAGAGCUUUAGUCGGAGUGCAUCUCUUAAAAGCCAUCACAGAAUUCACACAGGUGAGAAGCCGUAUAAAUGCUUUGAGUGUGGAAAAACCUUUGCUCGAUGUGCUGACAUUAAAACCCAUCAAAGAAUCCACACAGGGCAGAAGCCAUAUAAAUGUUCAGAGUGUGGGAAGAAUUUCAGUCGGAGUGCAUCUCUUAAAAUCCAUCACAAAAUCCACACUGGGGAGAAUUUGCAUAAAUGCUUAGAGUGCGGAAAGGGCUUCACUUUGCACUAUGAACUUAAAUUGCAUCAAAGAAAUCACACAGGUGAGAAGCCAUUUAAAUGCUCAGAAUGUGGGAAGGCCUUCAGUCGAAGCGUGAGUCUUAAAUACCAUCACAAAAUCCACACAGGAGAGAAGCCCUUUCAGUGCUCAGUGUGUGGAAAGGCUUUCAUUCAGAAGAGGCACUUCAAGCUGCAUCAGAAUAUACACACAGGGGAGAAGCCAUUUCUGUGCUCAGUGUGUGGAAAGGGUUUUUGUCAGAACACACAGCUUACGGUACAUCAGAGAAUCCACAAAGGGGAGAAGCCCUACACUUGCUCUGAAUGUGGGAAGAGCUUCCUUGACUGUGGAAGGCUUAAACAUCAUCAACGAAUUCACUCAGGGGAGAAGCCAUAUAAAUGCUUAGAGUGUGGAAAGAGCUUCACUUGGCACUCUCAGCUUAAGUUGCAUCAAAGAAUCCACACAGGGGAGAAGCCAUUUAAAUGCUCAGCAUGUGGAAAGAGCUUUGCUCAGAAAGCUCACCUUAACUCUCAUGAAAGAAUUCACACAGAAGAAAAGCCCUAUCAGUGCUCAAUGUGUGGAAAGGGUUUCCGUCAAAACACACAACUUAACGUACAUCAAAGAAUCCACAAAGGGGAGAAGCCCUACACUUGCUCUGAAUGUGGGAAGAGCUUCACUGAGUGCAGAACCCUCGAGCAGCAUCAAAGAAUUCACACAGGGGAGAAACCAUAUAAAUGCUUCGAGUGUGGAAAGGCUUUUAAUCAAAAUGCAUCCCUUCUGAACCAUCGAAUAAUCCACACAGGGGAGAAGCCGUAUAAAUGCUUAGAAUGUGGAAAGAGUUUCAGUCGGAGCAUGAACCUUAAGGAACAUCAAUAUAUGCACACGGGGGAGAGGCCCUACCAUUGCUUCAGUUGUGGGAAGCGUUUUCGUAGUGGCAGGCAUCUUAUUCAGCACAAAAGAAUCCACACAGGGGAGAAGCCCUAUGUGUGCUCAGAGUGUGGGAAAAGCUUCUGUCAGAGUUCAGGCCUUAAAUAUCAUCAAAAUGUACACACAGGGGAGAAACCCUACAAGUGCUCCGAGUGUGGAAAGUGCUUCAGUCAAAGCACAAACCUGAAAAAUCAUAAGAAGAUUCAUACUGGGCUGAAGUGUGUAGGUGUUCAGAUUGCAGAAUGAGUUUCCAGGAUAGUGAAAACAUGUAUUUUCAGCAAAACCACACACAUUGGAGAACUUUUAUAUGUGUGUAGGGUGAAAAGGCUGCACCCUCAGUUGUCGAUACUCCUUUCCCCUCCACUCCUAAAAUGGAGUCUACAGUCCUUCAGGGUGCAUGUUGUUCAUACAGAAACUGUUAUGAUAAUGAUUUCUUACUUGCUGGCAAGAUCCUCCCAUAUUCAGUUAGAGGAGGGAACAUGCUACGGAUGUCCUUUAUCACCAGUUCUAUUUAUCUUUACGUAGGAAAUUUUACCCUCACAGAAAUAAGACACGGUCCAAAAAUCAAAGGCUUGAAAGUAGACGGGGAAAUACACAGAAUGAAAAUUUAUGCUGGCGACACAGGACUGACCAUUCUAA